GACCGUAUGCUUCGCUUCGUGUUUCGCAGCAAAACUGACAUCCCCGUUUUUUUUGUUCGUGCGGAACAAACGGAACGUUGUCGUUACGUAACUCCGCCGGAACUACACGGUGUUGACAUCAAGCGCUCUCCCGAAACCGUCACAUGACGGAGAUUUCUUCUCUCUCUCUAUCUCGCGCGCCUGUAACCACGCGGGAGGGGGAAGCUCGCGGUCGACCUCUGGCUGGACAGAAAUGGCCCCAAAGAGAAAGGUUCGAGGGAGUACGAAAGCAGUUAAAUCUGGCAAGGACAGCGGCCCUGGUAAGGGUGACGGCGAAGAAGUCUCUCCAGCAGAGGUCCCAACGCAGCCGGUGACGGGUAAAAGGAAAACCUCGGCUUCGGAUGAGACAGAAAAUCGGAAGAGGGCGAAAGGUGACGCGUCGACCAAUCGCCCGCAGUAUUGUCACUGGUUGAUGAAGUCUGAGCCAGAGAGCCGGUUUGAGAACGGAAUAGAUGUGAAGUUUGGAAUUGAAGAUCUGAAGGCUCUGCCCAAUCAGACCGGAUGCUGGGACGGCGUCCGCAACUAUCAGGCACGCAACUUUAUGAGAGACAUGAAAGAAGGGCAGAUGGCAUUCUUUUAUCACAGCAACUGCAAGGAACCCGGGGUUGCAGGACUCAUGAAAAUCGAGAAGGAGGCGUACGUGGACCACACUCAGUUUGACAAAAAAGACGUCCAUUAUGAUGCAUCAAGCAAACCAGAUAAUCCCAAAUGGAGCAUGGUCGAUGUUCAGUAUCAGAGAAUGGCGAAGCGUUUCCUAACUCUGGCUGAGCUUAAGAAAUACCACCUGCAGCACAGGACCACAGGAGGACCCUUAAAGGACAUGGCUCUCUUUACGAGGGCAAGGCUGUCUGUUCAGCCCCUCACCAAAGAGGAAUUUGACUUCGUCCUGAGUCUGGAGGACAAAGAUCCACUGUGAAGAUUUGGACCAGACGGUCUUGCUGGUUAUGUGAUGACAUAAUGUGGCAGCGACUUAAACUCCACCAUCAAACCUGCAUUGAUGUUGAAUGUAACCCCGUCUUUAAAUAUUUUGUUUUUUAGAAAAUUUAAUUUUUAUAUUAAAGAAUAUUAGAUAAAACUGUGGUCUAUUUCUCAACCCAUAAUAAAA